UAUCAUUUACGAUAUUGAUAACAAAGAUAGCGGGAAAACACAUGCAUUCAGUAUCGAUUAAGUAUUUGUUUAAGAAAUACAAUGAAUACUGGUAUUUUGUUAGUGCUUUGUGCGCUGGUGGGUAAAUCCAUGGGUGAGCUAAGAUGCUACGCUUGCUCGUUCUCAUCCGUGGACACUGACCGGUCGUGCGUGGAGGUGACCGACGACACGCGCACCGUCGACUGCCCCUACACAUACUGUACCAUUAUGCGGCAGGAGUUCGUCGAUCCUGUUGGAGAGGUCGCCAGUUUCAUCAGAGGCUGCGAGGAAACCCCUGAUUACCUCAACCACGACAUUACCGACACCACAUUCCGCACUUAUUAUCGAGCGUGCACUAACGACCUUUGCAAUAUAGGUGAUGGAAUCCAGUCGGUGGUGGGAGGUAGCCUGUCACCGACGCCGGAAUAUGUGGGAGACAACCUACUCGUUCCUGGCACUGGCGGCGGAGCUUCGGCUAUUCAGAUUAGUUUCUUAUUGUUAUUCGUUCUCUCUGCCAUUACUGUUUAUGUUUAAUAAUUUA